UCGCCGCGAACUCGUUCAUUGCCCAUCCGACUCCAUCGUUCGUGUGUGUGUGUGNGUGUGUGUGUGUGUGUGUGUGUGUGUGUGUGAGAGAGAGAGAGAGAGAGAGAGAGAGAGAGAGAGAGAGAGAGAGAGAGAGAGAGAGAGGAGGAAAGUAGGGAGAGGGGGAGAGAAGGGAAUGUGAUGAUGAAACAGAAAACACGCUCGCAAGCGUGGGCUAUGGUGGUUAUGGCGACCGCUGCGGCAUCUUCGUCGGACGGCUUUGGAAUGAUUUCUCGUCGGCGUGAUCUGGUGCGCAACUUACUUCUUUCUCUGGUUAUGGGUGUUUUCAUGGCAGCGGGGUUCAUCGGUGAUUGCCUGGCCGAUUCCCCAUCCCCAUCAUCUCUGCGUCUUCCUCUGAAAGUCAGGACCGUUCGUCCUCACGAAGAAGACUUGCUGGCCGAAAAGAGGAAGCUCCUUUUCAUCGGAUCGUCUUAUUUUGACAGUUUCCCCCACUUGCUGGGCUCCGCUCCACCUUCAGGGCUCGUUUCCCCAUCUUCCUCCGCAUCCCCAAGUGAACUCCCACUGCAAAGCGGUCCCAGGGGGUUCUCUUCUUCUUCUUCUUCUUCUUCUUCUCCCUCGCCAUCGCCACUCAGCUCUUCCUUGUCGUCUACUCCUUCCUCCUUGACAAGCACUCCACUGCGCGGGCGAGGCAGCAUCAGCAGCAGCAGUCUGUUCGCUCCCCCUCUCUCCUCCUCCUCCUCCUCCUCCUCCUCCCACCCUCCAUCUCCUGGCGAUGUCGGAUCGUUGGCCAGCACUCCGUCCUCAGGUAGAGCUUCUUCCCGCGUGUCGACUGUCGUCGCCCUGCGCAAUCGCUUAAAGACGAUCUUCACCGUCGAUGUGAUGAUGGGUACCCCGCCGACUCAGACUCGCAGUUUGAUCGUCGGAUUCGACGACUACAUCACGUGGACAUUCUGCACUCCAGCCGUCGGAUCUCUGCAGCUUCAGGAACCUGUCAAUCUCCCCUUCGCGCCCGCAUUAAGUUCUUCAUACAGUCUGGCCACGUGUCAAAGUCCAGGCUGCAAGGCUCUUCAAGCCACGGCAAGGGGGGCCUGCCAAGCGGGGGGCACAUCAUGUGCGCUUGCGCUUACGAGCAAGGACCAGAAGAACGGAAUUGCAGGGCAGCUGGUGUCCGAUUACGUAAUGCUGAGGGCCGACAGCUCGAGCCGCAUCCUGUUCGAUUCCAUCGGCUGUGUGACGGAGAUCAAGGGAAGCUAUGUGAACUUCAGUGCCGAUGGGACUCUAGCUCUGGGCCCAGCCAAUGGGACCUUCUUCGCCGCCGUGACCCAGCAAUUGGAACUCCCCCAGAUCUUGAACCUCUGCUUCAACGCCACUGGGUACCUGAGUCGGGCCUCAACCUCAGGUGUUGCUGAUCCUGCGGCUGUGAUAAACGACAGUGGAAGUGUGGUGUUUGGAAUGCCUCCUCCCUGGGUCGUGUACCCAAGCUUCUCUAUCGGCGCUCCCUUACAGACAACGGACUUGUCGCUGGAUACCCCCUGGGCCAAUUACAUAUCCAAAAUCAGGGGUUGGACCGUGGUCCCCUCCUCCUCCUCCUCCUCCUCCUCCUCCUCCUCCUUGUCUACUGUACUUCAGCCUCCUGGGACCGGUCUCGUAUUCUUUGACAGCGCAUUUCUUACUUACCUUCCUAAGGCGAAUCUUACGGUCAUAACAGAUGCCAUUCAGCUAGCAACGGGCCUGAUACCCGAUCCCGACUUCGAGGAUUUGAUCGUUUACUCCCAGCCGUUGUGUGAUGUAACGAGCUUCCCCACCGUUACCUUCCUCUUCCCAGGAGGGGUGGAGUUGAAGGCCACGCCUGAGGAGUACACAGCCACCCUGGGAUCGGGCAUUCAGUGCUUUGUGUUGUUGGGGUUUGCCAAUCAUACGGGCACAAAGUUCAUGGAGCUGGGACUGUCUGUGUUGCAGUCGAAGUGGCUGACGUUCGAUUUCUCUGCGCCCGCAGGGGGGGGGGGGGCUUUCAAGGUCGGCGGUGGGUCUUGUUCCGGGCCCGCGAUGUAGACCCCCCUGUUGACUUCGUGAGGGCGGAAGAGCAUACUAACGCUAUAAGUAUGGGAGGUCUGAGGGGGGGGGGGGGGGGAGUGAUUGCGACUUUUGCCGCCGGAAAU